ACAGGAGCAUCCGUGGAAUAAAAAAAAAUCGAUUUCUAUCAGAGAUUCACCCGGUCAGACCGGAACCCCCGAAAAGAAUAUAACGACCGAGCACAACAUCGAAAACAACGACAGCCUUACACCGACCUCACCAAGGGACCAAGUUCCCUCGAAUUCACAUACGAAUGCUGGUCAUGAGAACAGUUAG